AUGAAUGCCCUCUUUAAUUCAGCCUUGCGGCAAUCGACCUCGAUACGGAAAGACUUGGAUCAAUUUGCCGAUUCAGCCUCGCCCUCUCCACACCUCCAGGCCCAGCUCAACGCCUCCCUCGCAACAUUCGCCCGCACCAUCGACGACUAUGGCAAGCUCGCGAGACAAGAGCCGGUGCAGACAAAGGCCGAAAAGGCGCAGGAGAGAUUGAAGAACUUCAGGGCAGAGCUGGAUGAAUACCGUGCCAGCUUCAAGCGCAUAAAGAGCGCCAACGAGGACAUUCAAACCACAGAAGCCCGCACCGAACUUCUAGGCCGGCGCCCUCAUAACACAGCCACGCCUGAGAAUCCAUAUGCACAGCACAACCUGGCUGCCCAGCACUCAGCCUUUGCGCCCUCCCAACCCUACGACCCCAAUGCCCCCUACCGACCCAACCCAUACUCGGCAGGCGCCCCACAAGGCGGCCAAUACGAUCGUGAAGGCCAUCUUUUGCGCGAAAAUACCUUCUUCAACAAAACCUCGGAGCAGCUCGACGAGUUCCUCGACAGGGGAAGAGCUGUGCUCGGCGAUCUUGGCCAACAGAGGGACAUGCUCAAGGGCACCCAGAGAAGGCUAUACACAGUUGCCAAUACCCUAGGCAUUAGCGGCGACACGAUACGCAUGGUCGAGAGGCGAGCAAAACAGGACAAGUGGAUCUUCUGGGGUGGCGUCGUUGUCUUUUUCCUCUUCUGCUGGCUCGUCAUACACUAUCUACGCUAA